AUGGUUGCGUUCUAUGCUUCACGGUAUUUACUCAAUGGCUGUUCUGUCCCUGCUUCCAAAAGCAUUUCCCAAUCUCUACUAAUUUCCAAUGGUUUUAUUCAUCCGGUUGGAAAAGGCUUGUACAGUCUUCUACCACUGGGCCAAAGGGUAGUAGACAAGCUUUCUCGUAUAAUUGAUAAAGAGCUUGAAAGUAUAGGAGCUUUGAAGAUGUCUACAACCAUUCUUGGUCCGAAAGAACUAUGGGAUAAAACUGGACGAUGGGACAAUAUGGGUUCUGAAUUGAUGCAGCUCAAUGAUAGGGCAGGCUCUAAAUACUGCUUACAGCCUACUGCAGAAGAGAUGAUCACGCAGAUUGUAAGCCAGUUACCGCAAUUAAAGAAGUCAACUUUUCCCUUGAUGCUUUAUCAAACAUCAGAUAAGUUUCGGGACGAAAUGAAUCCUAGGUUUGGUCUGUUGAGAGCGAGACAGUUCAUUAUGAAAGACCUUUACUCAUUCGAUUUGAACGAUGACUCAGCUAAGACCACAUACAAUCAAGUUCUCUUGGCUUAUAAAAAAAUUCUGAAAGACAGAUUACAACUUGAAGUUUUUAAGGUACCUGCCGACUCUGGAGUGCAUGGUGGUAGAUUGUCAGAUGAGUUCCAUAUCAAGAACUCUCUGGGCGAAGAUGGCAUACAUUUUUGUAAAAUCUGCAAGAAAGGAGUGAAAGUCGAAGACUUUAAAGAAAUGCCAGCUUGUGAGAAAUGCUCUCCGGCAGAUCACGAAACUUUGACCACUGUGGAGAUCGGGCAUACCUUCCAGUUAGGAACGAAGUAUUCGGAGAGUUUGAAAGCAUACCAUAGCGGUGAGCCUCUCAAUAUGUGUUGCUUCGGAAUCGGAGUAUCAAGGUUGCUCCCCGCAUCAAUGGAGGCUUUGUCCCCUUCGGACGAAGUUAUUCGACUGCCAAAAGCUAUUGCUCCUUUUGAUGCAGCUAUCGUCGUCUCCAAGACACUACUCUCAAAUGUUCUGGUUGAAAUGGCAAUAUCAUCAAUUGGAAGUUUGAUGAAGGGAGGAGUCUUGGUAGAUGAUCGAGUAGAUCAAAGUAUCGGAAAACGCUUGAAAGAGUUGAAUAAGAUAGGAAUUCCGCGAAUCGUUGUUCUUGGAAAAGUUACUGAAUCAACUUUGAAUGAUACUCCCAAAAUAGAAUAUCUCACUACCGAACCUCACAAUAAGGAUCUGAUGGCCAAAGGGGAAUUCACAAUGUCCGAAUUGAUGCAAAUUUUACAAUAG